GCGCGUGGUACCCACGGUCGUGUGGAGGAGGAGGAUGUUGCGCGCGAAGGGGAAAUGGCUGCCGAAAACAAGCCGGAAGGACUGAAGAAAAUUCGUAAUCCGGAUCGAAUGUACAGAUCUGCUGUGUGUUAUGCCGGCCACGCUCCUCCUAAGAGUAUCAGUGAUGACACAGAGAUGAACAAUGAACAUGGACAUUUGAAAAUAUACCUGCCCAAAAAGCUCCUUGAAUGUCUACCAAAAUGCUCGUCGCUGCCCAAGGAGAGACACAGGUGGAACACCAAUGAGGAGAUUGCAGCUUACUUGAUAACAUUCGAAAAGCACGAGGAAUGGCUAACAACAUCCCCUAAAACAAGGCCACAGAAUGGGUCGAUGAUCUUGUACAACAGGAAGAAGGUGAAGUACAGGAAGGAUGGAUACUGCUGGAAGAAGAGGAAAGAUGGCAAGACCACGCGAGAGGAUCACAUGAAGCUCAAAGUCCAGGGAGUGGAGUGUCUGUACGGCUGCUAUGUCCACUCCUCCAUCAUCCCCACCUUCCACCGCCGCUGUUACUGGCUGCUCCAGAACCCUGACAUUGUGCUUGUCCACUACUUGAAUGUGCCGGCCAUAGAGGAUUGUGGGAAACCAUGUGGACCAAUCCUGUGCUCCAUCAACACAGACAAGAAAGAAUGGGCCAAGUGGACAAAGGAGGAGCUGAUUGGCCAGCUCAAGCCCAUGUUUCAUGGCAUCAAGUGGACUUGCAGCAAUGGGAACAGCAGCUCUGGCUUCUCAGUGGAGCAGCUGGUGCAGCAGAUUCUGGACAGCCACCAAACCAAGCCACCUCCCCGGACCCACAACUGCCUCUGCACGGGCACCCUGGGCGCAGGGAGCAGCGUGCACCACAAGUGCAACAGCGCCAAGCACCGCAUCAUCUCCCCCAAAGUGGAGCCCCGGGGCGGCUACAGCAGCGCCCACUCCGAGGUCCAGAACAACGAUGUCUCCGAGGGCAAGACCGAACACAGCGGCCACGGGGGAGGUGGGGGAGGGAAGAGCUCAGGAGGAGGGGGGGGAGGCAGCGCCAGGGAGAAACGCAACGGAAAGGUCCCCAAGCCUGUCCUCCUGCACCAGAACAGCACAGAGGUGUCUUCUACCAACCAGGUGGAGGUCCCGGACACCACCCAGAACUCCCCUGUGUCGAUCAGCAGUGGGCUGAACAGCGACCCAGACAUGGCUGACAGCCCCGUGGUGACAGGCAUGGGCCACGUGGCCUCCGUGAUGUCCGGCCUGUCCCAGAGUGUCUUCAUGUCAGAGGUGACCGGAGACCCCGUCUACAGCAUGUCCCCUACAGGGGGCCCCAACGCCCACCUCAUGGGCCCUGACGGAGCCUCCCAGGGCCUGGUGCUGUCCGGUGUGGUGGCAGACAGCCACAAAUUUGCCUUCCCUGGCGGAGGAACUGGUGAGCGUUCUGGGGGGGCGGGAGGAGCGGAUGGGCUGUCCAUGCUGUCUGCUGCCGGGGUUUCUGAGGAGCUGGUCCUGUCAAGUAGCCUGGACGCCGGAGGACUGAAGAUACCUGAGACCACCAUGAACUUUGACCCUGAUUGCUUCCUCAACAACCCCAAGCAGGGCCAGACCUACGGGGGAAGUGGGCUGAAGGGCGACAGCUCCUCCUCCUCUUCCACCAACAGCACCAACAGCAGCCUCCAGCGCUCGCCCUCCAUGUCCGACUCUGUGUACAGCUUCAACUCUGCCCUUGUGAAGAACAUCAAGACCGAGGACACCUCUUUCGAACAGCAGCUGGCCAAGGAGCAGGGCUACCAGGUAGGAGCGGGGGUGAGCUGUGGAGGAGGUGUGUCUGGUUCCUCAGGGUCUGGCUCAUCACAGGGCUCCCUCGGCCUGACCCCUGCAGGCUCUCUGCUCCCCUCCGGAGGAGGCCUAAGCCCAAGCACCACCCUGGAGCAGAUGGACUUCAGCGCCAUCGAUGCUAAGCAGGACUACUCGUCCGGAGCUGGGUCAGUGGGUUAUGGCCAGGCUAUGAAUAGCCCCCACCUUUCCCACCAGAGCCGCUCGCCCAGCUUCUUCCUCCAGGACACUCAGCAGCCCAGCCAGGCCCAGCAGGGCAGGUCCUCCAUGGGCCAGAAGGCUCACAUGAUGGAGCACAACUCCCACGACUCCACAGCCUACAUGGGCCUGCAGGUGGUCAAAACGGAUUCCCCUGGCAGCAACGGCCACCUCCACCACCACCACCAGAGCCACCAGGGCCAGCACAGGACCAACUGCAACGGGGGCUCACCUACCGAGGGGUCAGGGCAGGGGCCUGGGUCUCUCCAGCUCCUGCAGUACCAGGGGAGCUUCCCUGAAGAGGUGGUGGGGCUGGAGCAGACAGGCAGCGUGGGCCAGGGCCAGGCUGGGAGAACAGACAACGGGGAGGGUCUGCUGAAGCCGGAGGAUCACCUCCAGGCCUGUGGAGGAGGCAACGCAGAGGGAGGAGGGACAGAGCACUACUUGCAGCAGGCCAAUGAUGGUGGAGGAGCAGGAGGAGGUCAGGGAGGCGGAGGAGGAGGGGAAGGAGUGACCAUGAGCAAUGGAAACGGCGUCAACAACGACGGCAGCAGCCGCUCCCAGACGCAUCAGCUCCAACCCCUCCUCCAAGGGGCCGGGAUGGUCCAGGGCCUCUACACCACCGUGGGGCCCCAUCAGGGCCUGGGUGGAACGGGCUCCAAUGGGGGAGCAGGAGGGGCAGGCAUGGAGAUCAGCCUGGACCACUUUGACAUCUCCUUCGGAAACCAGUUCUCUGACCUUAUCAAUGACUUCAUCUCUGUGGACGGCAGUGGAGCCAACAUGGCAGCAGGAGGAGCACUUUAUACCCACCAGCUGGUGGCCUCCCAUGGCUCAGAUGGCCAGAGCACCUCCAGCGGAGUCCCCCAGCAGGGCCAGGAGGAAGGAGGGGUGGGAGGGGCCCGGGCGGCAGGUUAUAGCCCCUCAGAGCUCUGUCUCCAGCCCUGCUGCAGCCCUCAGUCUCUGGGAGGUGGGUCCGGGGCUGGAGGUACGGGGGCAGAGCAAGGCUCCCUGGCUUACAUGCAUGUGGCUGAGGUGGUGUCCGCAGCUGUGGCCCAGGGCACUCUGGGGAUGCUUCAAGCCACUGGGAGACUCUUCAUGGUCACAGACUACUCCCCUGAGUGGUCCUACCCUGAGGGAGGAGUGAAGGUUCUCAUCACUGGACCAUGGCAGGAGGCCAGCUCUAACUACAGCUGCCUAUUUGACCAGAUCUCUGUGCCCGCCUCACUCAUCCAGCCAGGCGUGCUGCGCUGCUACUGCCCAGCUCAUGACACUGGGUUGGUGACUCUGCAGGUGUCUGCCAGUAACCAGAUCAUCUCUAACUCAGUGGUGUUUGAGUAUAAGGCCCGGGCCCUCCCCUCUCUGCCCUCCUCGCAACACGACUGGCUCUCACUGGACGAUAACCAGUUCAGAAUGUCCAUCCUGGAGCGCCUGGAGCAGAUGGAGAGGCGGAUGGCAGAGAUGGCCUCCCACCACCAGCAGGGCAGUGGAGGAGGUUCAGGGACAGGAGGAGGAGCAGGGGGAGCAGGAGGAGGAGGAGGUGGUAACACCAGCCAGACACAGUGUGUCUCAGGGCAGGGCCAGGCUGGGAGCAGCUUUGAGAGUCGUGUGGUGGUUGUGUGUGAGAAGAUGAUGAACAGGGCCUGCUGGGCCAAGUCCAAACACCUGAUCCACUCCAAGACCUUCCGGGGCAUGACCCUGCUCCACCUGGCUGCUGGGCAGGGCUACGCCACCCUAAUCCAGACACUCAUCAAGUGGCGCACAAAGCAUGCUGACAGCCUUGACCUGGAGCUGGAGGUGGAUCCCCUCAAUGUGGACCACUUCUCCUGCACUCCUCUGAUGUGGGCGUGUGCUCUGGGUCACCUGGAAGCAGCCGUGGUGCUGUACAAGUGGGACCGCCGAGCCCUGGCGAUCCCUGACUCUCUGGGGCGCUUGCCCCUCUCCAUUGCCCGCUCCCGGGGCCACACCAAGCUGGCCGAGUGUCUGGAGCAGCUGCAGCGAGAGGAACAGCAGCCCCCGGCGCCCCUGCCCCCCGCCACGCGCAUGUCCUUUUCCCCCACCCCCCACGACGCUCCCACCUCAGACAGCUGGAUGGUCACAUGGGCCGGCGACAGUGUGAUGGCGUCCGGUGGGAAGAAAGGAUGCACCGCCACCACCACAACCACCACCACCUCCUCCACCAACCUUAACCCAGACUUAAGAAGGCCACGAUCUGAGCCCUCCAACUACUACAGCAGCGAGUGCCAGCGAGACUUGCCCCUGGCCAAAAAACACAAACCUAAUCCGGAGCUGUUUCAGGCCAGGCCUGACAAGGCCAUGUCUGUCCCACUGAGCCUGGAGCAACAGCAGCUCCACAAGCUGCCCUUCAGCCCUAAGAGCCUGUCCCACGAGGGCCUCAGCCCAGACAAGAGCCACGCCAGUGGCGGGAGUGCAGGAGGAGCCGGGGGAGCCAAGUGGAGCUCCAGGGAGGGUUUCUCCGGUGGGGGUUCAGGAAGGAAGGUUUCAGGGAGCUCUGGGGGAAGCAGCCUGGGGAAGGAAAAGCUGGCCAGCAGGCUAAGACAGAGGGAACAGCUGGGUAACAUGCUGGUGAUGGCUGAUAGAGAGAUGGUGGACACCGAGUUGCUUCCUUACAGAGAAGACCUGGAGAACCAGGACUGCAUGACGCAGAUGGACGACCUGCAGGUGAACAUGAUGACUUUGGCAGAGCACAUCAUUGAGGCGACCCCUGACAGGAUAAAGAGGGACAACUUUGUGCCAAUGGACGGGGUGCCCCUGGACACCACUGGAGUCAGCAGCACCAUGAGCUGGUUGGCCAGCUACCUCGGAGAUGUGGAGCACCUUCCCAGCAUCAUACACCUGAGAUCUCUGUACAAUGAGCCUCUGACACCAUCUUCCAACCCCAGCCUCAGCCCAGGGAACUCACCCCUCAGGGAGGGGCCCAUUGACAGGCCCACCCUGCCCUCCCCAGCCGACUGGAGCGAGUUCAUCCAGGCUUCCAACAGCAAGGUGGAGAGAGAUCUGGCACAGCUAACCCUAUCCGACCCAGAGCAGAGGGAGCUGUACGAGGCCGCUCGUCUGGUCCAAACGGCCUUCCGCAAGUACAAGGGACGCCCAUUCAGAGAGCAACAGGAAGUAGCUGCAGCCGUCAUUCAGCGUUGUUACAAGAAGUACAAACAGCUAACAUGGAUAGCCUUGAAGUAUGCACUUUAUAAGAAGAUGACGCAGGCCGCCAUUCUUAUCCAGAGCAAAUUCCGCAGCUACCACGAGCAGAAGAAGUUCCAGCAGAGCAGGCGGGCGGCUGUGCUGAUCCAGCAAUACUACCGCAGCUACAAAGAGUUUGGCAGGCUAAGGCCUCACCGCCGAGGAGCCGCACUGGUGCAACACAAACUCAGAAGCAGUUUGCUCACUAAGAGACAAGAUCAGGCUGCCAGGAAAAUCAUGAGGUUUCUACGCCGCUGCCGCCACAGCCCCUUGAUGGACCAUAGACUGUUCAAGCGGAGUGAACGAAUUGAAAAGGGACAAGGAACAUGAGAACCUCCAGAAGAGCCCCCUCACAAUGUGACAUCACUCUCCUCCUGACUCUUCUUUUCUUUUUUCGUUUGUACCCAAGACAUUUUACAAGAGAAGAAAAAAACCAGUUUAGUGAAAACACUGCGAUUAUUAAUACUACUACUAUGGCAGCGCGACAGAUUCUACUUCUAUAACAUGUACAACAACAAAAACUACAGCAUUUUUCACGUGUAUCUUUUCUUCCCUCCGACGUUGUUUAUGUUGGAGAGUGGCAACUUCUUCUGUGAAAUUAUAAACUAAAGGGGAAGAAGCUAUGGGAGGGGGCAGAACUUUUGCUUCAUGGCAUUUUUUGCACUUUUAAUGGAUUGCUUUGUCUUUUUGGGAAUAUGGGAGUAUAGGUUUUAGACAGUAAAGGAAGAGGAAUGCUGGACAUGUCUGGAAAGAUCCAUGCCACCUGUGGAUCCAAUGAAGAGGAUACAAUGGAGGACGCCGAGGAUGAAAGCAGAGGCCGGCCAAAACAUAAGGAAACAUACCAGAACUAGAUACACAUUUGGGACUUGGUUCUAAUUGUAUUUCAUAGUUUUUUAAGUGACUGAUUAUUCCAUUUGAAAAAGAAAAAAUGUAUCCUAAUGAACCAAAAAUGAUCGGUAAUACAUUGAUCCAUUUGCACAUACAGACCCUGUCAACAGUUAGAUGAAAACACUCGUAGUAACUCAAAAGAGAUCAAAAUUCCCUCCUGUUACGCUGUGCUCUACCCCGCCAUUCAGUCCAGACAGCUGGGGCUAAAUAUGAAUGUAGGAGGGGUGUGAGGAGAAAUGGGUGGGGCUUAUUAAAACAAUGGCUUAUUUUGUUACCUAGGUCUGGGGAGUUCUGUACUGUUAGGCAAGGGAUAAGGAUAUUCAGUAGAAUUAUUUUAAAAAGUAAAUUUGUUUUUAGAAUAUUAUUAUUUUAUUCUCUUUUUUUAUUCCUCUUUGCUUGAAAGUGUUUCGUGCUCAUGCCCAGGACCGAUUUCCUGACUUGUCUCGUCAAAAUUCUGUCUUGUCAACUUUAUGAAAUAUGCAUGCCUAUGGGUGAAAGUCUUCGCCUGCGUGCUGGAAAUUAGGUCUGUAUCCUCUGGUUUUAAAUGUUUUCCUUUUGUCUUCAUGUUCAAAUGCAACUAAGUCGCCCAUGUGCCCACCCACUCCCCCAGGGUCCAACCCUCUGGUUAAUGGAAUUAUACUAACAUCGUCCUUUCAUUCGAUUUUUUCGUUGCCUUAUUUAAUUUGUUUACUCAGUAUUCUAAAAAGAAAGUGAACUUCUGUUGUAAUGAUUACAGUCAUGAAGGUUAUUGUUGUUCUUUUUAAAUGAACUUCAGGGCCUGCGAGGGCUUUUGAGGGGAAGAUCACAUACAUUGCCUUGACGUCUUAGAGAUUCUUUGAGGGGUCCCUAAGCUAGUCCCAAAAUAGGGGUUAGACAAAUCCAUAUUUUUGACAAUUGAGCGGUUUCUGUAUAUAAAGAAGGCUGAAGGUAUGUAGGGAAAAACAUUUACCCAAAGGGGAUUGUAUUUUAGAAAUAUAUUAUUUUAUUCAUUAAAAAGGGGUCAAAAACAGGUACGAGACAAAAACAGAAUAUUUGUAUAGUUUUGUUUGAAUGCCUAUGAAGUAUGGUUGUAUUGUUUGUAUAUAAUGUAAAUACCUGGGAUAAAAAUGAGCUAUGUGCAUGAAAAACAUGAACAAAGGUAAAAAAACUAAAAACAAAAGCAGUAGUGGCUAUGCUCUGUAAAAUUAUUAAAACUAUUUCACUAUAAGAGUAUUUUAUUUUAUUUUGAUUGUUCUUGAGAAGAACAUUUUGCUAAAGCAUGACAUUAUUGCAAAUAUUGAAAGUUAAAAAAAGAAGAAAAAGAUAACGUAUUUAGAGUUAGGAGAAAUCUGCAAAAUUAUCUUAAAGACAAGUAUGGUUAUGUUUACAUUUUUGUUUUGGGCUACCAAGAAUCUUUUGCCAAUGGUGCCAAGUAAUGUGAAUGCUAUAUUGCUUAACAAGAGAAUUAAGUUAAUCUUUGCAGAACAGAUCAUACAAUGAAAUACACGAUAGCAUUAAAGACCACAAGGUCACAUCCCGACUGGCGGCGGAUCACAGCUAGAGGUACACAUAUUGCAGAUGGAGAAAUGAUUCAACGGCAACUUUUAAGUCUCACGUCUCAUCCAUUAUCACCCAAGCUUUUUUGCCAUGUUCACCAAAUGCACAGGGAUCACUUGUCAGUAACAUUGAAAAUGCAAAAAGACUUUAUUGAAAAUGUGUGCAUUAUUUGAACCGUAUGAACUGGAGGGGUUGUGAUGUCAGUGUCUCAGCAUGUUUGUAUGGAUUGUGUUCAUAUAAAGAUUGUAAAUGUCA